CGGAUUCACACGUUGGUCGAAGGGGAUGAGCUUUGUGGGCAGGAGGAGUCGUUCAAAAUAUGGGCACAUGGAGUAUUCAAGUCUGCUUGUGAAACGUUUUGUGUGGGCGAUGGCGUCAAUAUUUCUGCCGUUACCGGUGCUUUGGCGGAUAAUGAUACAUCCUGGAAAGCAGGAAAAUACAGACUCACUCCAACAGCAACAGACAAGACAUUGUCUCUUCAUAAAGGUUUAUCACAGCUCCAUAAGAAAAGUGUAUUUCCAUGUAAAUUGGUAUCUUGUGAAAAUCUUCAAUCGAAGGACUCGGGCCGACGCACGUUAUUGGUCAAGAUGAAUACGCAAGUUGCAGGAUCUGACGAAUUAUGUUAUCAACCAGGAGAUCACGUGGGGAUAUUUGCAGCCAAUAGGGACGAUUACGUAAAUUUUAUCAUAACGAGGCUACAAAAUGCGCCAACUCCUGAC